UGCGUGAUGACGCCAGGGCGUGCGGUCGGUGGCUCGUAGGGGAAGAUGGCGGCUGCUCCUUUGGAAGAGAGGGAUUGAGACGGGUGGAGGGAAAAGGCCAGGCGGGAGAGACGUUCUCGACAGUGAAGACAAACCCUUCGCACACUAUUCAUUAGGAGCUCUGCUCAGCGCCGGAGGACUCCUAGAACGAAUACAUCACCAUGGCUACAGAAAUUGGUUCUCCUCCUCGUUUUUUCCAUAUGCCAAGGUUCCAACACCAAGCACCUCGACAACUAUUUUAUAAGCGACCUGAUUUUGCGCAGCAGCAAGCAAUGCAACAGCUCACCUUUGAUGGAAAACGGAUGAGGAAAGCAGUAAACCGAAAAACCAUAGACUAUAAUCCGUCUGUAAUUAAGUAUUUGGAGAAUAGAAUAUGGCAAAGAGACCAGAGAGAUAUGCGGGCAAUUCAGCCUGAUGCAGGUUAUUAUAAUGAUCUGGUCCCACCUAUAGGGAUGUUGAAUAAUCCUAUGAAUGCAGUAACAACAAAAUUUGUUCGAACAUCAACAAAUAAAGUAAAGUGUCCGGUAUUUGUUGUUAGGUGGACUCCAGAAGGAAGACGAUUGGUCACUGGCGCUUCUAGUGGAGAAUUCACCUUGUGGAAUGGACUCACCUUCAAUUUUGAAACAAUAUUACAGGCUCAUGAUAGCCCCGUGAGGGCCAUGACUUGGUCACAUAAUGACAUGUGGAUGUUGACAGCAGACCAUGGAGGAUAUGUGAAAUAUUGGCAGUCGAACAUGAACAACGUCAAGAUGUUCCAGGCACAUAAGGAGGCGAUUAGAGAGGCCAGUUUCUCACCCACGGAUAAUAAAUUUGCUACAUGCUCUGAUGACGGCACUGUUAGAAUCUGGGACUUUCUUCGUUGCCAUGAGGAAAGAAUUCUCCGAGUAUUUAAAAGUGUCAGUACCCUUCAUUCAGAGACCACCAGGAGCACACUUGUAAUUGAACAAGAUGGAUUUAUACUCUCUGCAGCGAAGAAUUCAGACCAUGGAGAUUAUAUUAUAGGAUUUGGACUUUGGGUAAUUUGGGGGAGGGUUCAAGGAAGUGAGGGCUGUCACUCAUUUAGUAUAAGAGAGAUGUUUGGUAUUUUGUGGGCUGUACAGUGACCUUGUUUUUGUUUGACUUCAUCCUGGUCUCAGAGUUGUCUAGUGGAAUCAGGGGAACAAAAUGGUUAGCUAUAAAUGUCAGAUCAGUCUGUAAUAACAUUGAGACUUAACUGUGAGUAUCAGAUUAGUUCUCAGUGGUCAGGGACUACCUUUUUAUUAUUAUUAUUAUUAUUACUAUUUUUUUAAUCUUUCUUAAAAGCAUUUAAAUCCAAACUGGCUUCUCACUAUAUAGGAACCAGUUGGAUGGGGGGCAGAGUGAGGUUGGUGUUAGCUCAGGAUUCAGUAGCAACGACGUUGGACAUGUCACUAGAACAAGCUUCAGUGUUACCAGUAGUUAUGUUUUUACAAAACGGCAAUUGGGAAGCAUGUCAUGCAUACCAGUUUUCAGCUGGCUAGAGCAGUUAAUGGGUAAAAUAUGAGUAUGUUCUUUUUCAAUAAAAGAAGUAAGAUGUGUGAGUUUUUGCGUUAGUCUGGGGGAUUCUAGGGUUUAUCCCACUAAAUUUAGUGUCCAAGGAUUGGUUCGUAGUGCUUCAGGAGUUUUUUUUUCCACCUGGGAAGAGUCAACUAUUCAUUUUCUAUGUUGUCUAUGUUAAUACAAGGCAGUAAAUACCAAAGAGAUUUUAAAGGUUUUAAGACUUAAGAACUCUGUCAAAUACUUUACAGUUAAAGAUUAUAAUAAUUGUAAAAAUUCCUUAUGAAUUGUUAGAUUGACUUAAGGUGAACAAUGGCCUGUGUUUUCACAGCUCCAUUGUCUGUCUUAGUCAUGUUCAUCAAAGAUCAUUAAGUGGAAAUUUAUAUUGAUUCAUUUAUUCAAACAGUAGUGUUUAUUAAGUGCCAGGCCAUGGAUAUGGUGGAGGGUGUCAAAUAGCCAUUCCUGUCUUCAUAAGCAGUACUAUUGAUUGCUGAUUUUUGUUUUAAAAACAUUAGUUUUAAUAGUCUUUUCAUUUUAUAUAUAUUCUAGAAUAAGCACUGCAUUAUUGUAUUAAUAGUACACUGAAGACUGCUCCUAUGAUUAAUAAGGUAGUUUUAUAGUUUUUAUAACUUUAAAAGUGGUAACUUAAAAAUCAGAUAUUUAUGGAGCAUCUGCUCAGACAAGUCCAGAGAUACCUCUAAAUGUGGAGGUAUUCAGAAAAAAAUUGAGAUGCUAGUAAACUGUAAGAUAGGCUUCUUUUGUAUCUUCAUUUUGAAUAGUAAGUUGAAGGUAUUCUCAAUACUGAAUCUUUUUAUUAUUUGGUAAAAAUUGAGUAAGUUUUAGAGCCAGAAAAGUUAUUUUUGUAGUUAAGACUUAACUAUGAGUACUUAUCAAAAUUCUAGAGCACAUUUGGGUAGGAUCACAAUAUAAGAGAAUGCAAAAUGUCCAGUUCUGUUAGACAAAAUACAUUAUAGGCAAACCAGUUUUCUCCAUGUGAUACUACUAGAUUUGCCAUUGGUCUGUGGAAUUUUCCUAUAGAAAUAAAGAACACAAUCAUAUUUGGUCAUGGAAAUCUUCAUAGCUAUAUAAUAGAUUUGAAUGUUUAUGAGAUGCUUUAAGAAAGGAUUUAGACUAUAAAACUUUUUACAUCUUGGUGCUUUUGGUAGAGCAGUAGUAGCAAAUUCUGAGUAUGGUUGAUUUGGACACAACUAAGCGUGGUAACAUUUCAAAAUAAGAUUUUUCUCCUAAAGACCAUUCCACUCAGAAGAAUGUAUAUAUUUUAAGUUUUAAACAUACUAUAUUGGACUAUCAUUUAGAUCUUACUUACCAAGUACAGUACAUUUUGCAUAGGAAAAGAGAUUCCAGAGUUAUCACAGAUUUCAAAAUUAGUAGGGAACUUACCACAUAACCAUUUUUUAUCAGUGUCUAAAUUAGUGUAGAUGCCAGGACAUGUCUUCAUAUUAUUUAGGCAUGUAGGUUUGUGGUACCUUCCCUUGGUUAAAGUUCCUGGAUAAGGUUUUGUGUUUUGAAAGUAAAUCUGUGCACUGCCCAUUUUCAUGAUCCCCAUAGAAUUAUUUAUAUAUAUUAUUUAUAAUAACCAGUAGAUUUGCAUAUAUAUCUUCUUUAUAACUAUCCAUUUACCAGGAGGAUUGAUGUAGAUUAAUACCAGUUUACUAUGUCUUUUUAUAAUUAAUGAUGACUACAAGUCUAUUUGCAUUAUGUCAUUUUUUUCCCUAUAAAAUGGGAUGAGUAAAUUUUAUUUUAUAUGUUGUUACUUUCAAAAUUUAAUGAUAGGAGAAUAUAUUGUAAUUGCUGUUUACAGUGGUAAGUGACAAGGAAACAGAAACUUACUACUAUCAAACCUCUUCUCCAGCUGCUCCAGAAUUCUAGGUACAGUCGUAGUUUUUACUUGGGGCAGUCAUAACUUAUCUGAGAGUCAGCAGUUCUGGCUUUGAGUCCCAGCUCUGCCACUGAGCAAGUCAGUCUCUGAGUUUGUGUUUCUUCCUCUGUCAAGUGGGGCUAAUGAUACCUACCUCACAGGGUUGUUGUGAGGGUCCCAGAAGAAGUACACAGAAGAUGCCACUGCUCACGUGGCAGGCAUGAAGUAAAUGUGUGUUGCUUAAGUUGCAUAUGUGCAACGAAAGCUGGUGUAAAGAAAGUGACGUAUUGAAGUGAAUUUGACUUAAAAGGAGUUUGGAACUGAUUAGGAAAGUUAUUAUAAAGGGUUUAAGAGGAGAUGACUAGAUCAAGUGUUGGGAUGGGAUAUUAUACACAAUCAUUCUAUUUUCAGUAAGAGUUCUUAGGAUUAGAAGUGUCACUGAUAAAAUAAAUUGUAUUGUAAGCCACAUUUAAAUAAAUAACAUUGAAAUAUAACUAUGACUUUUUUUUAAAGCUUUAUUUGUACAAGUCCGCAUACUUUGCUUCCACUGUCAAAUCAGAGCCACCGUAUUCCCUGAAGGCAACACUUCACUCCCACCAUUCCUCUUGCAUUGUCCCCCAAAUUCUGUUCUUUUCCUUUGUUUAUUGCUUGCUUGUUUGCUUUUUGAAUAGCUAACAAUUUGCGUCUUCCUGAGAACCACUAGCUUUUUUUUUGAGUUCUAGUUAGGUCAGUUGAUACUCAGUGAGCAUAAGAUAUACUGCAUUAUUCUUCAGAUCUAUAGCAGAAUCUUCCUUUCAUUGCUGCUUUUUACUAGGUUUACAGUAUCCUGAAAAAAUAUAAAGGCCAAAAAAAAAUGAUACAUCUUUGUGGUGUGAGUUGUUUAUUUGGGAAUUUUUAAUAGACCUUUUAAAUUUAGAUCAGAAUCUACUAUUUUAUUGUUAGAGAUAUUUAUAUAACUGGCACUGUGGUCACAUUGUAAGUCCUCAUUUAUUCUCUUGUUUAGUCUUUGAUAUUUUUCCUUUUAUUGUUGUCUUCUCUAAAAAUAAGUAGUGAAAGAAAAACUCUUCAAGCACAGUUAAGUUUGCGAAGCCUUUACCUUGUCACGUGACUGAAUUUUUAUUCAGUGUGAUGGCUGAAGAUGGGAAUUAACAGAAACUGAGAACGUCGUGGUCCCACACACCCCAACAUCACACUACUCCCACAGAGCGUAGACAGGCAGUGUUGCUGCAGAUACUUGGCUAACCAGCUUUCUCUCUCUGGGAAACAUUGAUGACACAAUUCAGUGACUAUGGGCAGUCAACUGGCAAAGAAAUGUGUAAACUGUGGUCAUACAUCUGCGCACAUGUGUUCUUCAGAAUACAACCAUUAGACUGAAGCCCACUAUCAGUGUGUUCCCAUUAGUUAAAAUGGAUUUACUUUGUUCUUCCCACAUCUUGUCCUGUCCCCAGGAAUAUGACAAAUGAUAAAAACAAAAGCAGACUGACCACAUAACAAACAGUUAAUUGAUCUAUGUGGGGAUAUUACUUGCAACCUUGGCUUUAUUAGCAAUGUCAUUCUGUAACCAACCAAGCUGAAGACUAAAUGCAGCAUUAAGAUGCAUUUUUUUCCCAUCACUCAUGCAUGGCAAGGAGUAUAUUCUGUGUAUCACAUGGAAGUAAGAUUCGGAGAGUACUGUAAGGUCUGGAUUCACACUUUCCCACCAUGUGCCGUAUGGAAGGCUGAGAUCUGUGGUACAACAGUGUUGGGGGAACGGAGGGGUGGAAAGGUAAGGAAAGAACUGGGUGAGAUUAAUGUGGAAGUUAUCUUGAGAAUUUUCUUCCUUUAUAAAGGUAAUUAGUAAACAUUCAUAAAAAGUUCACACAAAUAGAAAUAAAAAGUCAGUGUCUCUCUACCCUUUUCCAAUCUCACAUCCAGAGUUCAUCACUAUUCUAUUAACGGUGUGUUUGUUUCCACAGUUUUUAAACCUAUACAAGAAGAUACUUAAAAAAAAAAAAAAAUACAUGAAAUGGGAUUAUACCACAUACAUAUAUUCUUUGCUGUUUUGCUUUUCUUAUAAUACAAUAUAUCAUGGCCAUCUUUUUGUAUCAUUACUACCCUGGACUUGUUUGGGUAAUUAUAACAUUCCAUAGCAUGUAUCUGCCAUAACUUACUUAACCAUUCUCAUUGACAGACGUUUAGGAUUUCCAAGGUUUUUACUAAGAGUUGUAUACUAAGCUUUCUAUACCUUUGUAUUUGCUACCACUCAUGUAAAUUUUUCUGUAGGAUAGAUAGCUGUGAACCUGUUGGAUCAAAGAGUAUGAACCUUUAAACUUUUGGGAGAUACUUUUUAGUUGUCCUUAUGGUUCUGGAGUCAUUAAUGAUAAAGCUUAAGGAUGUUGUUGUGGUCUAGCCAAAAACUAAAGAUAAUAUAGGAUUUUUCCACCACUUAAGAAUGUAAUCUUAUUUUUAAAAAUUAUAAUCUGCUCACAUGGUAAAGUGUUUCUCCAACAUCAUAACAGGAUAGAAUUUGAAAUGUAAAAUCUGCCAAUCCUUGACCACUUGCCAGAGAUAAGUUUUUAAACUAACUUGUUCCUGCGGUUACCAUCAGAAUUUAAAAUAAUAUAUUUCAUGGCAUAUCUGUAUGACUUGGUGUCUCUUUACUUCUUUUCAUGAAGGAUGAGGAGUUUUGUGUACUUACACCACCAACUGUGCCUUCUGCCUCCUGGGUUUUCUUAUUAUGAAUUGUGGUGGUUUUGAUUGUUUCCUAUAGCUUUUAAUGUUCUUUGUUAGUUUUUUGGGCCACCAACCUGAGGCAACUUCCCUUGACUUACUACCAUUAUGGUAAUGAAGAAGUCCAUGCCCCUCAGUGUCUCUCUAAUUCUUUCUCCUCUCCCUUUACUUUUAGACAUUGUCAGGAAUUUUAGUUUUGCUUUAAUUUUCCUUGCAAUUUCUAAUUACUUCCUCUUUUUUUGUAAUGUCAUAAAAACUCUUAUCAUAGCUUUUAAAAAGACUUUAAUUUUGCAAUUAUAUUACAUGGAUUUUUUUAAAUUUUUGAAGACAUUCUGUAGCUGGUUCUCUGACUUUUUGCUCUGCUUUGAACUGUCUUCUGUGCCAGUGACUGCAGUCAUACUGGACAUAAAAAUAUUUCCUUUAAAGAAACAGUGCUUGGAAGUAAAUUUCAAAAUUCUUAUGUGUGGCGAGAUGUAUAAUUUGCGAUUGUGCUUGACUGUUAGUUUGUUUGGGUUGUGAAUUCUUGGCUCUAAAUCCUUUACCUCAGAAUUGUGAAGGCCUCCAUUAUCUAUCAAUAUCAGAUGCUGUUCUGAUCCUCAUUAUUUUGUAUAUAUAAUCUGGCUUUCCUCUCUGAAUGUUUUUGAAAUGAUCUCUCUCUCUACGAACUUCUGUUUUGCUGUCACCCACACUGAGGUGUAAGUAUUUUAAACAUCUUUUUCGGCUCGCUUUAAUCUACAAUUCCAAAUCUUUAUUUCAUUCAAAGGGUUUUUCUUUUUUCUUUGAUUUUUCAGAAUACUAUCUUCAGUCACACCUACCCUGUUAUCUAGCCCUUCUGAUGAAAUUUUUAUUUUAGCCACUGUGUGUUUAAUUUCCAAGAUCUAGUGGUUCUCUGGUAUUUUCAUUUUUCAUAGUGACUUGUUUUGUUGUUUGUUUUAAAUGAAUAUACCCCUUCAAACUUUUAGCAUAAGAAUUGAGGUAUUUGAGUAGUUUGGUUUGGUCUUGUUCUGAUUUGUUUUCCCUUAAUCUUUUUCCUGGUCUUUCUCUUUCUUCCUGUUUGACUUUUUUCAAAUGUCUAGUGAUCCCUGGUUGGUUAAAUUUGAAUGAAGCUUUGUAUUGGUAGAUAAGUAGCUCUUUCAUUUCUUUUACAGUUGAGUAAGGCCAUUUACCCAAAAGGCUUUUCCCCCUGGAUAGUAGCCCUCACCAUGCACUCUGUGUGUAUGUGUGUGUUUUAGUGAGCUGGGUGGGAGGAAUAUGUGGUAACUGCCACAAGCCACAGUUAAGUGGAUUGUAUUGUGAGGUGGAAUACUUGGUUUACGUCACUCUCAGAUGGGAUGGCUUUCUCCCUUCUCCCUCAUCUUUCUCUCUACUACUGUCUCUUCUCUAUUGCUCUUUCCUUCUGUUCUUCCUUCAGGUCUUAGCAUUGGCACAAGCUUUAUGCUGCUUUCUUCUCCAGUCUUAAAUCCUGUUCUUGGGUUUCUUCCAAGACUUACUUUUGCUUUGUUUAGAAGGCACUUGUCUGGCUUUAGCUGAGGGUAGCUGUUUUAUAUAAAUGAGAAGUCAGCAGGGGCCUGGACAAGUGGCUUUAUGGAGGGUUCUGUAAUUAUCCUCAUUACAACAUCACAGCCUUUGUCACUGAGCUGUCAUGGAGCUUAGAGCCUCCUCCCCUCCCCCCAAGUUUAUCCCUUUUGGGGUUUAAAUUCAUCACUCUGAGAUCAAGAGUCACAUGCUUUUCUGAUUGAGCUAACCAAGCGCUCCUGUCUUUUUAAGGCCUCUAACAGUCUUCUAUGUGUUUUGGAUUUUAUUUUUUUCCAUUCUGGUUUAUUCCUCAGUACUAAGCCCAUUUCUUUUUGGAAAAUGCUUACAUUUGGGUUAAAUGUUUUUGAAAUUUAGUAAAAUGAGUGGUCAGUAUCAGUCUUGGAAAUAAGUACAUCCACUGUAAACCUUUGAAAGUAACUUAGGAAGGGCCUUGCAUACAUCAUUUCAUUUAGUACUAAAAUCAUGAUUUAUUUCAAGACAUAAUUUCUUUUUCACAUUAGUGACCUUGAAACAAUUGUUACUUUCCUCCUGGUAUUCCUACUUGUAUCACUUUUCCAUUUCUUAAGAAAUGAUACAUAUUUACCUUUUU